ACAAACGGCGGCGAUUGUCCUUUUUUUGUGUUGUUACAGUGUUACUCGUAGUAGAGUGGCUGUCAUUUGGUGUAUGUAAAUUGGUUCCCGAGUUAGUGACUUAAGUUAUAGCAAAUGGCACCAAGAACAAAAAUUUUUGUUGGUCGUUUACCUGAUGACUGCAACUCAACUGAACUCCAAGGAUUAUUUGAAAAAUAUGGGACUGUCACAGAAUGUGAUGUUAUCAGGAAAUAUGGAUUUGUGCAUAUGAGCUCACCAGAAGAGGCAGAUACAGCUAUUAAAGAAUUGAACAAUUACAACUUAAGAGGGUCAACAAUAAGUGUAGAGCCCUCCACAAGCAAGCUACAUCCAGAGCCUGGUGCCCCAGGACGAGCCAGAACUGAAGGUGGUGGACCUUUGAGGCGUGGAGGGCCAAGAAAUGGCUAUGGGCUAAGAGAUUAUUACAUGGACAGAUACUAUGAGUACAGAUACUAUGAUGAUUAUGGGCGAGAUCUUUACUAUAGGCCCAGACCCUAUCCAUAUGUGUAUGACAGACGUCCUCCAUCACCACCUACCAUGUCAUACAGGGAUGAAGCCUACCGACGGACCAUGGCUUCACCUCGAGAUAGUCCAUACAGGAGACCUUUGCCGCCGCCGCCACCUAGAGAUGACCCAUAUCACAGAAGGCUACCUCCUCCUCCUCCUCCUCCUCUCGAUGAAGAUGACAUAUAUGACAGACAUAUCCUGAGAGACAGAUCAUCGGAUUAUUUGUAUUCAAGACGUUCUCCAACAACCAUGUCUUCAUCCUCUUAUAGGUAAGUUUGGAACUUUAUACUAG